UCUUCUAAUAAAAUACUUUUUUUAGGGAUUGCCUAUGCUCGAGGAAAUGAAUUUUUGCGCAGUUCUCAGCAAGAUGAUAUAUCGGGUCACCGCUUAUAUGGAGGCAUCGUAAUUUGGCAAGAAGGAGAUGCCGUAGAAAUAUUAAAAAAUCGACUUCAUACAAAGCACUAUGGUGAUGAUUUUCAUAAUUAUACAAUGAUCUGGCAAAGAGACAAGCUAACACUUUUGGUCGACGAUGAGAUUUACGGAGAGAUUUACGAUGGCUUGCCAUUUUUUAAUGAGAAAUGUUUCAUAAUUUUUGGAGUUACAGUUGGUGGAUUUCUCAAUUUCGAUGACAGCAUACUAUUGGACGAUGUAAAGCCGUACAAAAAUAAACAACCGCGGGCUGCUGUUUCGUUUUGGGAAAAUCGCGAUACUUGGGUAUCUACAUGGACAAAUAACAGUGCGAUGAUUGUAGAUUUUGUGCGUGUUUAUGCAGAUUAGACUUUAGCUACAAUUGACCGUCUUUUGCCACUGAGUCUGACUA